AUGCCCUCGAGGACGUCGAACGCCGGGUCCCGGGGCGAGUACGACCUCGAGGAGCCCGCCGCGCGCUGGGACUGGUCCAAGUGCGAGCGUUGGUGCCGCACGUGCAAUAUAUGGCGUCCCCCGCGCGCCGCGCACUGCACCGAGUGCGGCUACUGCGUCAAGCGCUUUGACCAUCACUGCGGCGCCGUCGGCAACUGCGUGGGUCGCGAUAACCACAGGUGGUUCGUCGCGUUCCUGUGCGCGUGCUCCGCGCUGGUGGUGUUGAUGCUGUCGGUUUCGGUGCAUAGGCUCAGGGCGGGCGGAUGGUUCGUGGGCAGGGGCAGCUGGGAGCGGUUGACGCCGUGGAUCCUGUUGGGUUGCGCCAUAACGUACGGGUACAUGUCCGUGCUCGCGUGCUUCGCGGCGUCGCACGUGUGGAUCUUCUGCUGCGACGUGACCACGAAGGAGCUGAUGCGGCCGACGGGAAGCGAAGGGGACAGGCUGGCGGGAAGGGAACGAAGGCAGGAGGCGUGGCGUCGACUCUGCGGCGAUUGCAACGCGUUCAGGAAGGCGAGCCUGACUAACAUCAUUGAGGGUGUUGCGUGUGCCAAGUGCCGGCUGCGAUCGGCGACCGCGGUGAGUGAUGCCACCGGGAUCAUCCUCGACCCCGACACCGUGCUCAAGGAGGUGGCGAAGGACGGGGACUCGGUGCUGGUGCGGUUCGGUCGCGGGCCCGAAGCUUUCACGACCAAGUGGCGGAACCGGCCGACGGCGCGACCCUUCGAUUGGGACGCCAUGGACUCCAAGGGCGUGGCGAUCCGACCCGACCACGACGCGUGGCUCAAAGACUUGGACCUGUACAUGUACGGCGUGGACGACAUGGUGGAGGAGAUACACGCCAAGACGCACGAGAAUGCCAGGGCUGACGAUGUGAAAAACGUCAAAGCCGUCAUGACCGAGUUCGGCGGCUUCAUCCAGGCGGUGUUCAAGCUGUACGAGGCGAAAGGGGACGGCGACGACGGCGACGUGGAUCGACUGACGCUGGAGCAGUUCCGGAUGCUGUGCCGCGACUUCGCCAAGGGUCUGACGAACGAGUACGUUGACGAGUGCUUCAACGCGGUGCUGCCCCAGAACAUGAAGGGAGCGAGGAAAGGGUCCGUGUCGACCACCGCGGAUCUCAACGGAUUCUUCGUCGCGAUCCUCAAGGUGGCGGCUAAGGUGUUCGGGCCGGAGACCAAGGGCGGGUUCCAGGAGCUCGCGCCCAGGCUCGAGCACUUUCUCAAGAGGGACGCGUUCCCGGUGUUGGCGCCGGUUUUCGAGAAGGUUCACGACGAGCUCCGCGGCGCCGUCACCCCGGAGGUGCUCUCGUUGCUCAAGAGGUGUAAGAGGCUGAUGGCCAAGACUUUGGACAGCUGCCAGCUGCGUCGCACGCCGGCAACCGCCGGGCACCUGGACGUCAGGUACUUGAGCGUCCACGCGACGCGGUGGGGUAUCGUUUCCGAGGACGCCGGCGAAGGGAGGGACGACGUCGUGAGCCUCGAGCAGCUCACCACUUACGUCGUGUACGUCAAGCAGCUCGCCGCCGCCGGGGACGUGGAGAAGUUCACGAUCCAGGCAGCGCCGUACGAGGUUGAUCAAGGGGAGUUUGAGAGGCUCCUGGUGUCGAUGGCGUAUUUCACGUACAACGCGGCGAUGGCGACGGAGGCUAAGCAGAGGGAAGAGGAGAAAAAGGCGAAGGAGGCUGCCGCUGCCGCAGCGCGCGAGGCUGAGGGGUACGAGGACGGCGAGGAGGAUGAGGGUAUGGAUGAAGAUGGCGAGGCGGCGGAGGUGACGGAAGCCGAGCCGGACGGACCGUCGAUCACUUUCCCGGAGUAUCUUCAAACAUAUCUGGACUCCAUCUUCGAGAAGGCUGGUGCGCUCGUGGCGAUCGAGCCGCCCAAGAUAGAGAUUUGA